AUGUCCGCGCCCGGCGAAAACCUCACCGUCCUUUGCCGCACCUCCGUCUCGCCUUCCACCGGCGCCGCCGCGGACCACCGGCUCCCCCUCACCUUCUUCGACAUACUGUGGCUAUACUUCCACCCAAUACAGCGCCUUCUUCUCUACCCUUACCCAUGCUCCACCGACACAUUCCUGCAAAAAAUCGCCCCAAAUCUCAAAAAUUCCCUCUCCAAAACCCUCAAUCGCUACCUCCCCCUCGCCGGAAAUCUGAUCGUUCCCCAAAAUUCCGACCUUCCGGAGCUCCUCUACUCUCCGGGAGACUCUGUCCUAGUCACCUUUGCUGAAUCGAACGGGGAUAUCGAUUUCAGUUCCCUGACCGGAAACCAUCCACGAAACUCCGAUCAAUUUCACUCCCUGGUGCCGGAUUUUCCCGAUCCCAAAUCCGAAAUAGGAUUCGUCAAAAUCCCUGUUUUAGCUGUUCAAAUUACUCUGUUCCCACAAACAGGGAUUUCUAUCGGCAUCACAAACCAUCACUCGUCCGGCGACGCAAGCUCGAUCGUCGGGUUUAUUAAAACCUGGAGCUCGUACGCCAAUCUCGCCGUCGGCCACGAAAUCGAUAACGAAACCGAUAAUGAAAAUCUGUUACCUCGUCCGAUUUACGACAGGUCCCUGAUUAAGGACCCGUUGGGCCUAACCGAAAUAUUCUGGGCCCAAAUGCGGGCCGAUAAAAUCGGGCUCCCGGCCUCGAAAUCCCCGCCAAAUAAACUCCGCGCGACGUUCGUCCUGCGAAAACAUGAAAUUGAGAUGCUGAAAAAUUUGCUGACGGCCCGAAACCCGGGCCAGGCCCACAUCUCGUCAUUCACCGUGAUCGCGUCCUAUGUGUGGGCCUGCCUGUCAAAGUCCAUUGGACCCAUCAAAGACGACGAGCCCGAGUACUUUGUGUUUGCCGUCGAUGCCCGUGGCCGAGUGGACCCCCCCUUGCCAGAGGGGUAUUUUGGGAACUGUGUGGCGGCCGUGCUGACAGAUUUUAAGCACGGUGAUUUAAGGUCGGAAAACGGGUUUUUCGAGGCGGCGAAAGUGAUUGGGGAGGUUAUAGCAAAUAAAGUGAACAAUAAGGAGGAGUUGUUUAGAGGGGCGGACGAGUGGCUGACGAGUUACGGGCCGUUGCUAGGGAAAAGACUCUUUGGAGUGGCGGGCUCGCCUAGGUUUGAUUUGUACGAUGGGGCGGAUUUCGGGCUCGGAAAGCCCAAGAAGUACGAGGCGGUGUCGAUUGAUUGGGGCGGGUCGAUGUCGCUUUGUAAAUCGAGGGAGUUUGAGGGAGGUUUGGAGAUUGGUUUGUCUUUGGUGAAGGAGGAAAUGGAUGCUUUUGUGCCUCUUUUCUAUCAUGGGUUGAAAAUGUAG